CUUUUGCGGGGCACUUGAAGGCGACAUUUUCCUCUGUUUGCAUACGACAUUCUUGUCAUCCAAAUGAAAGGGGACUCCGCUUCCUGGUCUUGGUAAUAUACCAGAGUGCCCCUGGAGUCGGAUGAGUCCAUAACCACUUGUGAAGAAGCUGCUACAGGGGAGAGAGACACAGUAUUCAGUGGGCGGGAUGUCAACCGAGAAGAAAUCUCCAGAGGAUGAAGGCUCCUUCUCUUCAAGAGUCAUCAGCAUCGUGUUUAUCAUCCUGCUGCUGGACCUGCUGGGAUUCACACUCAUUCUGCCUCUUCUGCCCUCAAUUCUGGACCACUAUGCACAAACAGAGGACCCGGUGUACCAGUCCCUGCAGAGCAUCGUGGACUGGUUUAGAGAGGCCGUUGGAAUUCCCAUGGAGAGGAAGUACAACAGUGUCCUAUUUGGAGGUCUUAUUGGAUCGCUCUUUUCUCUGCUGCAGUUCCUGGCAUCGCCUGUAACUGGGGCUGCAUCAGACCGCUAUGGCAGACGGCCACUGCUCAUUCUUACCACAUUCGGGCUGAUGUCCUCCUACGCCGUGUGGGCCAUUUCCAGGAGCUUCAGCAUGUUCCUUUUGUUUCGAGUAAUUGGGGGCAUUUGUAAGGGCAACGUCAGCCUCUGCACCGCCAUCGUGGCUGACCUGCCUUGUCCGAAAGCACGCAACCGUGGAAUGGCUGUGAUCGGCAUUGCCUUCUCCAUGGGGUUUACCGUCGGACCUCUGAUGGGCGCCUACUUUGCCGUCAACUCCAGUAAGGAGGAUGUUUUCUAUCAGGCUCCGGCUCUGCUGGCCUUGGCCUUCAGUGCUGCUGAUCUGCUCUUCAUUUGGCUCAUCCUGCCAGAGACUCUCGCCAACUACAAGGUCUCCUCAGGCUCUGGUGAGACCAAGGACCUGCUGAGCCCACUGGCUUUGUUCCACUUUUCGGCUGUAACCAGAACAGAAGAUCCUCCCUCUAAAGAAAGAAUGCAGAGGCUUAAAUUGCUGGGUCUGGUUUAUUUCCUCUACCUGUUCCUGUUCUCCGGCGUGGAGUUCACGCUGAGCUUCCUGACUCAUCAGCGCUUCCAGUUUACAAGUAUGCAGCAGGGAAGGAUGUUCUUCUUUAUAGGUAUCAUCAUGGCGUUGAUCCAGGGGGGCUACGCUCGCAGAAUCAAACCUGGACAUCAUGUCAAAGCCGUUCGUAUGGCAAUCAUACUGCUGAUUCCAGCGUUUGUUCUCAUUGGGCUGUCAUGGAACCUAAAGAUGCUUUAUAUCGGCUUGGCGUUAUAUUCUUUUGCUGCAGCGAUCGUCGUGCCUUGCCUGUCAACACUUGUGUCUGAUCACGGCUCAGCCAGUCAGAAAGGCACCGUGAUGGGGAUCCUGCGCAGCCUGGGCGCCCUGGCCAGAGCACUGGGACCAGUGGUGGCUUCCUCUGUUUACUGGAUAGCCGGAGCAGAGGCUUGUUUUAUCCUCAGCUCAGCCUGUUUCAUCGUACCUCUGACUUUACUGAGCACAGCGAGGAGGAUAAAGGAGGACUGAGUGACGCGGAAUGAGCACAGACUUGAAAAGAGCUCGACCGAGGGUUAUUUUGUGAAAUCACACGGACCGCGGAGACACGCCAGCGUUGGUACUGCUUCAUUGAAAGUUAUGAUGUUUACAUCUGCUUGGAAAGCAAGCACUGAGUUAUUACUUUGUCACUGACAAAUAAUUGGGAGAUGUAUGCGUUCUUGACCCUUUUUGCCAAAUGUGAAAGGAAAUAGUUCACAUUUGAAAACGACAUGUUGAGGGACUGCAGGGAGGGAGUUUAUUUUAUCUGAUGAAUUGAGUGGCCUGUGUGUUUUUUAUAUAUACACACCAAUACAGAGUAAUUCUAGGACUGCAAGCAGUGUGUGUGUGUGUGUGUGUGUGUGUGAGUGCAUGUGAGUGUGUGUCCUUGUUCUGAAUCAUCACUAUACAUGUGGAUUAUGGUUAUCUAUUUAUACUGCAGUAUUUUAUCAGUCACACAGCUUUUGUAUUUCAGUACAGAAAGUAUUUCAAAUAACAUUAAAAUGUCUAUUUUCAUUCAUCAGUUUACAUGAAUUUGGGUCUGAAUACAAGUUGUUCAGCAUUUUCUCGGAAUGAAUAUCUGUCUAUUGUUUCCACAUUUAAAUAUCCAAAUAGAUAUUCAAUAACUGUUAAUAAACAACCAUUUCCAUUUUGA